ACAAACUUUGAAUAUUUUCUUUGAAUUUUUUUAUUGGUUCCCAAAGAAAAAUGGAAGCGUUAGAGCAUACCCAAUGCAAUUCGGAACAUACAACAGAAGUAGGAACUAAAAUUUUCAAAAACGAAUCAGAGGAGGCAAAUAACGGACAAAAACAAGAAGAACAUCAUAAGCAAAAAGAAGAUGUAGACGGAAAUGUCUUAAUGCUGGAAUUCGAUUGUUUGAAAAGAUAUAUUCAAAAAUUACAAUUACGUCUAAAGACUCAAAUAGAAAAUUGUCAUCCUAAAGACGAUUGCCUUCACCACGAGAUCGCCUUUAAAUGUUCAGAAAAUGAAAUAUGUACUCUUCAAAAAAACCAUCAUAAACUUCAAUGUCAGAUCAACGAGUUAUUUAAAUGUAAUCAAGCUGCUAAAGACCACAUUAGGGAUUUAAAAUUUCAAAUGAUUGAAAAAGACAAAGAAAUUUCAAAACUUUGUAACUCCGUUGAAGUCCUAUUGCAAUGGCGAGACAACUUGAAUCAUGAAUUUGGCAAAUGUAUUGAACGUUUCGAAUACCUGAAGCACGUGAAGGCCGAGUGGCAAAGUGUCGCUGUAAAACUCGAAGAACAAAAUAAAAACUUUACUUCAAAGAUGCAGUCCUUUGUGCCCAAAUUAAAUUUUCAGCAAGAAAAACAGUCCUUCAUUUGUGCCAUUAACGAAAUCAAAGAAAUGUUUAAGGAACUUUUUGAAUAUCAAUUACAGAGAUUUGAUUGCCUAGAGAAACGCUUUGACAGUGUCACUGGUGGCCAAUAAAAUUCUGUGCGUGUAAAUCCUCUAUGGGUCACUUCCAAAAAAGAAUGUUUGCAACAAUAAAAACUGCCGAAUUGAAAUGUUUGCCAUAAAAAACUUUUGCUGAAUAUUUCCCUAA